UCCCCCCGCCGCUGAAGAAAAGUGAGUUUCCGGUUCUUUAGUUCUUCUUCUACUAAAACAAAUACGGUAGAGUGUUAUUUAGAGCACUGUUGAGGAGCUGGAGACGCGAGUGGGUUUACGGACUUUUAUUUUAACGCAGUGACGUUAUUUAAAUACUUUAAAAAGAACAGAAGCGACAUUAGAGUGAUUCUAAAUGUAUGUAUUGAAGUUCCUCUCGUUUAUAACUCAAAUGUAACGUAAUAAACUUGGGGGGAGUCCCGGCUUCAUGACGUAACGGCCGGUCUGAACUCUGUAAACCGCGGAGUGAUCCCGGGGUGAUCAGGUCGCCGGCGCAUGGAGUUCCAGAAAGUAGCGGAUUUAAAAACUUUGCGCUGCGCAGCUCCGUCCGCGCCUCAUGAAGAGUCCCCUGGCCGCCAGAGGGGGCCGAGAGACCGGCCGCCCGCACCCCGCCACCGGCCGCCCGCACCUCGCCACCGGCGGCCCCCUGUCCGGGCAGCUCCGCCGGGUGGCGCGAGACUCUCCAGGAACUAUGCGCCGGUUCCCGGUUUGUGCUUUUCAACAAUUUUCCCGGAGCAGACGCCACGAUGGCGCCGUCGGUCCUUCGCAGGAAGAUUCCCUUCGUUUCCACGGGCGAGCGCGGCAGCCAAUCGCGGCCCGGGUGGGGGGCGGAGCCAGCGGAGAGGCGGCGCUUAAUUGGUGACGGUCACUCUGAUUGGAUGACAGAGAAAGUCGACUUGUCUUCGUUUGUGUCGACCGCCGCGUCCUCGCCACGCUCGUCCCUCCCCCCCUCGCCGCUGGACCAGGAUGUCAAGGUGCCCUCGGACCUGGAGGUCAUGACCUCUCUGCUGCAGGAGGAGCUGGCCCAGCUGGAGGACUACUUCCGCUCCGAGUCCACGCCGGCCGGCAAGUUGGAGAAGCCGCCGCGAUGCGACCGCGGCGCCGCGGCCGCCGGCUCGCCGUCGUACUACCAGCUGCCCUACGGCUCGUACGGCGCCGGCCAAUCGGAGAGCCCCGUGGCGGUCACCCUGGCGACAGGGGAGCUGGACCUGGCCGGCUUCUGCGGCGGCGCCCCCGUCGGCAGGACCAAAGUGGCGCGACCGGCGCCGUACAACUACCACCACCGCUACCACCACCACGGCAACAACGUCAACAACAACAACAACAACAACGGGCGGAGGGUCGUCAGCGAGGCGGCGAAGGUCGGCGAGGACGCGGGGCUCGACGCGUGGGGCCCGCGGGGGAGCUACUCGGGGGGCGGCGAGCCGCCGGCGAGCCACUACUCCACGCUGAAGGCGAGCAAGAGCGGCGCCCGGCGGGGGGCGAGGGAGGCGCUGAAGGAGGAGGAGAGCUACUGCUUCUCCGAGGGCGUGUUCUGCAGCGAGGAGAUCGCACGCGGCUUCUGCCUCGCCGGCGCCUACGACGGCCUCCAGCGGCGGCCCGACGGCGCCCAGCACAGCCCCAACGCCGGCUACGACGGCGCCGCCGCCGCCGGGCCGCCGGAGGUCGGACUUUCCGGGGGCGUGCCCCAAGAGACAAUGGCGGCCGGCGACGGCUACUUCCACCACCACCACCACCUGCACCACCUGCACCAGCAGGCCGCCGAGCCGUACCACAGCUUCAUCGGAGACCUGGAGCCGCCGCCGCCGCCGCCGCAGGCGCACGCCGUGGAGCCCCAGCACGGCCACUACCUCUACCCAGAAUGCCUUGCGGACCAAAGCUACGAAUGUCUGUCCCGGGGGGACGGCGAGGGCGCGCUGAUGGGCGCCGCCGUGCACCGGCCCGCCCAGAGGCUAAAGGACGAGCCGUGCUGCGCCGCCAAGCCGCCGCCGCUGAUGGGCGGCGCCCCGCCGGAGGCCGCCACCGGGGAGCGGAAGCAGAAGAAGAGGGACCAGAACAAAACGGCGGCGCACAGGUACCGGCUGAGAAAGAGGGCGGAGCUUGACCUCCUGGAGGAGGAGCUUCACGGCCUGGAGGGGCAGAACCGGGAGCUGCGCGACAAGGCGGAGUCGGUGGAGCGAGAGAUCCAGUACGUCAAAGACCUCCUGAUCGAGGUCUACAAGGCGCGCAGCCAGCGGCACAAGCAGGACGGCAGUGCCUAAAGACAACAACAACAACAACAACAACACCAACACCACCAACCAGCACUGAGAGAAAACACAAUGAAUGACAUGAUAGUUUGCAUGAAUAUGGUAGUUUUUUUCUUUUUUUUUCCUUCUAAAAACAUUUUUCUCAAGAGGAUGGGCCGAAACAUACACACGCACACACACACACACACACACACACCCUUGUACCCUUGGACUGUGGGCGCUGGACUCGGCCGUCACACUGUGAUCUCACUGGAAGACGAGGUCGGUUCUUCAUCGGUGGAACUUCGUGCUGGUGGUUUUUAUUUAUAUUUAUUUGUGUGUGUGUGUGACGCGCAUCGAAGCAGAAUUCGUGCUAAAUAUAUAUAUUUUAAUUUUUAUAUUUUGUACUUAAUAAUGUUCUUUUUAUUUAUUUUUUAAUCAUUUUUUGCUUUUAAAAACUGAAUUUAAAUAAAUCGCUGAGAGUAAAACAAAGUGUGUAACACGCCGAGUUGUGUAGAUAACAUGUGCACACACACUCACACACACUGCAUGUUUGAUUUGGGGAUGCGCAUGCUUCCUGUCCCCUGCAUGGCUUCACGACCUGCACUUCUUCACACUCAGGAUUUUAUUGAUUUAUUUUCUGAGGAACAGAAACAAACCUCUUUAAAUUGAAUGAAAUGGUUUUAUUGAUUUUCUCUCGGCGUGUUUCUGCGGAACAAACAAUCACUUGUUGACGAGACAAUAAAUCGUUGGGUAAACGGUACA